AUGUUUCAAGCCCUGGGCGUUCUGAAGCUUAUGCGCGCUCCUCUUGCGAAGCCGGAGGAAUCGCGAAUGCAACACUUAAGUCUGAUGUUUCGGUUCCUGGCUUUCCAACCGCCGACGCCCGCACUUGUACGGAAAGCAGCCCGAAUUCGAGAAAACCUCGAGCGCUGUUAUCCUCAAGUACCGCGAACACUGCUUCAACACCGAGACCCGUUCACGCUUCUCCUGGCUGUGGUGCUCUCCGCCCAGUGCACCGAUCUGAAAGUCAACGGCGUGACGCCCAAACUCUUCGAGUUGGCACCGACGCCACAGGCGCUUUUGCACCUCGGUGAGCAACGCAUUCGCGAGAUCAUUCGACCACUGGGGCUCGCGCCGCGAAAGGCCCGAGCGCUGGUAGGCAUAGCUGAACGUCUACUGGAGGAACACGGGGGCCAAGUUCCCCGCACGUUUGCGGAGCUGGAGGCGCUCCCGGGGGUUGGCCACAAGACCGCGUCCGUGGUGCUAUCACAGGCAUUCGGGGAGCCAGCGUUUCCCGUCGACACGCAUAUACACCGACUAGCGCAGCGCUGGGGCCUCGGCGGCAAGUCUGUCGAGGAGACCGAGUCCACACUGAAGGCUGUCUUUCCGGAUCCGUCUUCCUGGGCAGAGCUUCAUGUGCGCAUGAUUCUCUUCGGACGUGAGCAUUGCCCAGCGAUCAGGCAUGAUAUGGACGCGUGCCCUAUCUGUAGCUGGGCGGCGGUACCGGAAGCUCGAAGAGCGAAUAAACGCUCACCCCGCAAGUUCAUCGGCAUUGAACGGGCGAAGAACCCAGCUCAUAUUCGAGCAACGGAUAAGGCGCGCCACGCUGCGCCAGCAAUACCGAACGCACCUGACGAGCCCCUGGUUGAUCCGGGGAGCGCCGACGACAAACAGGUUUUCCCUGAAGAUUCCGAUAAUGAGCAGAACACAAUGCUUACGCGUAGUAGAAAGCGGCGAGUACUUCAAGAACGACAAAACGAGACGUGA